CCAUUUCUCUUUCGAAGACUAUUGAUCCCAACGUUUUAUUAAUACUCUCCCACCGUUUUGUUCGACCAUUAGGACCAAAUUCCGGAGCCCAGAUCUCUCUCUCUCUCUCUGUCUCUCUCUGGUUUUCUCUUUCGAUUAGGUUUAGGGUCUGGGAAGAAAUGGAGAAGACUGUGGCGGUGGUGGUGGUCAUCGCUUUGGUCGUGCUGUUUGGUGCGGAUCAGGUGAGGUCGAGUGCAUCGGAUCACCGUUACAAGGCAGGAGACCUUGUGCCUCUCUACGCCAACAAGGUCGGUCCGUUCCACAAUCCCAGUGAAACUUACCGCUAUUUUGAUCUUCCGUUCUGCUCAUCAGAUCAUUUGAAAGAGAAAAAGGAAGCUCUUGGUGAAGUGCUAAACGGUGAUCGUUUAGUUGAUGCCCCCUACAAACUUGAUUUCCGGAGUGAGAAAGAUUCUGAGGUAGUUUGCAGUAAAAAACUCAAUAAGGAAGACGUGGCCCAGUUCCGAGCUGCCGUUAUCAAGGAUUAUUACUUUCAGAUGUAUUAUGACGACUUGCCCAUUUGGGGUUUCAUAGGGAAGGUAGACAAGGAAGGCAAAGACCCAAGCGAGUACAGAUAUUAUCUUUAUAAGCAUAUCCAUUUCGACAUAUUUUAUAACAAGGACCGCGUGAUUGAAAUCAAUGCCCGAACAGACCCACAUGCCCUAGUGGACCUUACUGAGGAUAAAAGUGUUGAGGUGGAAUUUUUGUAUACUGUGAAAUGGAAGGAAACAAACACCCCUUUUGACAAGAGGAUGGAUAAGUACUCGCAUUCUUCUUCGCUUCCUCAUCACCUGGAGAUCCAUUGGUUCUCCAUCAUAAAUUCUUGUGUGACUGUGCUUCUUCUCACUGGGUUUCUUGCGACAAUUCUCAUGCGAGUCCUUAAGAACGAUUUUGUCAAAUAUGCCCAUGAUGAAGAAGCAGCUGAAGACCAGGAAGAGACCGGAUGGAAGUACAUCCAUGGAGAUGUAUUCAGGUACCCUAAGUACAAGUCUCUCUUUGCAGCUGCCCUUGGUUCUGGUUCCCAACUAUUUACUCUCACGGGGUUCAUUUUUGUGCUAGCACUUGUUGGUGUGUUUUAUCCCUACAACCGCGGGGCUCUAUUUACGGCACUGGUUGUAAUAUAUGCCCUCACAUCAGGAAUUGCAGGCUAUAUUGCAACAUCCUUUUAUUGUCAGCUAGAGGGAACUAAUUGGGUUAGGAAUCUAUUGCUGACUGGAUGCCUCUUUUGUGGGCCACUGUUUCUUAUGUUCUGUUUUCUGAAUACUGUUGCAAUUGCUUAUAAUGCCACUGCUGCUCUACCAUUUGGUACAAUUGUGGUGAUAGUUCUUAUAUGGACAUUAGUAACAUCACCAUUGCUGGUUUUGGGUGGGAUUGCUGGUAAGAAUAGCAAGGCUGAAUUCCAAGCUCCUUGCCGCACCACCAAAUAUCCCAGAGAAAUUCCACCUCUGCCAUGGUACCGGGGAGCAGUUCCACAGAUGGCAAUGGCAGGCUUUCUGCCUUUCAGUGCUAUAUACAUUGAACUUUACUAUAUAUUUGCCAGUGUCUGGGGUCACAGGAUAUAUACCAUUUAUAGCAUCUUGUUUAUUGUCUUUAUAAUUCUCCUGAUAGUCACUGCUUUCAUUACUGUGGCACUGACAUACUUUCAACUUGCGGCUGAGGAUCACGAGUGGUGGUGGAGAUCUUUUCUGUGCGGUGGAUCAACCGGGCUAUUUAUCUACGCCUAUUGCCUAUAUUACUACUAUGCACGGUCAGAUAUGUCCGGGUUUAUGCAGACCUCAUUUUUCUUCGGUUACAUGGCUUGCAUCUGCUAUGGUUUCUUCCUCAUGCUCGGAAGUGUAGGCUUCCGUGCUGCUUUGCUAUUUGUCCGUCACAUUUAUCGAUCAAUCAAGUGUGAGUAGAUGUUGGUCCUCGGCAAGAGUCAUCUAGUAUGUUUUUCUUCUCUCUUAUCCAUAGGGCCUUGUGUAGAGAAGUCAUCGACGGUAUUUUUUGUAGUGCCUUGUGUUACAAAAGCAGCUGGGUUCAUUAGAUAUCUUGCUUCAAGAGCAGCAUAUUAGAUUGCGAAAUGCUUUGACAGUACCGGGAAAAGUUUGUAUCAUUACUCAAAUCAAAACUUAUGAAUUAAAUUCUUUCAAGUA